AUGCUGGACCAGAAAUACUUUACGUUUUUAAUUUUUGAGCAGCAAUUUUUUAGACGCAUUCCAAGAUCGAUAAUCGCAUGCAUCUGGAGGAUGUCGAAAUUGCCUCCACAGUUACUAGAAUGGCUAUUUCGCGUGCUCCAGCCUGAGUACAGCAACCCGGUUCUUGGAUACCAGGACAUCUCGCUGAUAUUGACGUGUUUCCCGUACCUCAAAGUCAAGACAGACGUCCAUGUCAUUGAUUUGGGCAAAGAGGAAUUGAUGGUCAAAGUGUACGGCACCAAUGAGCAGGAGGUUGACUUCGAGGUAUGGAUUCCCCACGAGUAUCCACGGAUGGCCCCAUUGAUCUACAUAAAGGCCGGGGUCGGGAGACAGGUGGUGCCAAACAACUACCUGGACGCCAACGGCAGGUUCUACCAUCCGUUUUUGAGCGAUUGGAUGCGCACUUUCGGACAGGACGUCUCCAACGACGGAACGCCCCCGAAAGACAACCGGCUGCUGAGAUUGAUGGAGAUUUUCGUGGAUACGAUACAGAAACAUCCUCCCCUUAGCAACUCCAACAGUACGCCUCCGAUACCCAAACUUCCACCGAAACCCGUUUCUCCCAAGCCAGCAGAGACUCCUCGGCUGACCAAGCAGAAGAUCAACCUCAUGAGCAUGCCAAUAGACAAGCCCACGCAGGUCUCGAAACCGCCUUUGCUGCCGCCUAACCCAAACCGCAGCCAGGUGAUAAAUAACCUGAAAAUUACGCUCGAGGGUGAAAAAUCCAAGCUUCUAAACACAUUCGACACAGAAACACUUCAGAGACUGAUAGACUUGCAGAAUCAGCUCAUAAAGCUCACAGAAAGAACCAUCAACGACAAAAAUUACCUGUCGUUUCUAUCAGAGACCAUAGCGAAACAGGACAAGCUCUUAGAGGCCAAGACCGAAGAAAUGGUCCAUUUGAAUGAUAGUCUUGAAAAGGGCUACGACGAGAGCGUCACAAACUUCGACUCGCACUUGGUAGCGGAGACCCCGGUCUUCAACCAGCUGUACGAGCUGGUCACAAAGCUGAAAGCUCUGGAAGACCUAUUCUACAAUCUGGACAAGCUCCACGACGCUGGCAAGCUGAAAUUUGAGACGUAUCUCAGGAACGCGCGCCAGAUAGCACGCGAGCAAUGUCUUCUCAAACUGCACAUCGAGAAACUGGCGCAAAUCUGCUCCCUCGAUACGGCUUGA